UAUCAAUUGUGUGGGAAUUACAAGAUGUUUUAAUAAAAAUUAAGUUUGAUCCUUGAAUCUAUAAUUAAAGAAACACCUACUGAUUUUUUCCGAAUAAGUCUGUCGACCGAUGAGUAUCACCUGUUACUAAAUAUUCUUAUACUAUUCUAUAAUUAUAUAUCUUGACGGUAUCCUUAAAAAAAAUCAAAAAAAUCUGAAUAACUUCUCACUAAUAAAAUCUGUCAUUUAAUAUUUUAUUAUACUGACCCACUGAGUAUAAAAAAACGUUUUUGCCUUUUUUCGAUACCCACUCACCGGAAAUAUUAUUUAUCGUUGAAAACUUAAGACUUAGAUGACCUGCUUUUUCUUCGGACCGAUUCUAAGAAGGCGAAAAAAUAAAUUAUGGUCAAGACAUCGAAAUAAGAAUCAGAGGAGCACAAAGAUAAAUUAAUUUAAAUAAAAUAUGUAUUGCAAAAGUAUGUAUUUAAAAUAUAAAUAAAUAUAUAUACAUGUACAUAUAUAUUUAUUAGUGAAUUAUAAAAAUCUCGAUGUGAAAUAUAAAAUGUUGAGUCUUGUAGAACGUAAAACAAGUGGGUUGUCAUGGCCAGCGGCAACUCAUCCCAAUUAUUUGAACAUAAAUAAUAAUAAUAAUAAUAGUAAUAACGACAAAGAAGAACUUGUGAAGACGGUAAAGUCCAAGUUAGAGCCUUGCGGUGAUAAUAUGAUAUUAAGAAGAUCGUCGUCAUCGGGACAAGAAACAGCGACAAAGAAUAAACCAGUAAGACAUCGAUCCUCUUAUUGGCAACGUAACAGCAAAGGUUUACUUUGUGCACUUGGUCAAUUUGGUUGUGGUAAUUCACACUACAGUCCAGAUACUAUUGGAACGUGGAAGUAUCAUCGUAUUACACGCCCUAGCCAUGAGGGAAUGAGCGCUGGAGGUGAUGGAGCUGGAGGUAUCCAGAGUGGAAGUGGUGGUAGAAGUACGCCACCACAUGGCUCACCAACACCAAUGGAUAAAGCCACCUUGAAAGUUCAUUUACCAAAUGGUGGUUUUAAUGUCGUUAAGUUUGGAGAUGCAAUUGACGUAAAAGGAAUAAUAUCGUUAGUAACAAGUCGUUUAGCCGUUGGUAAUAGACAUUACAAAAGUUUAUACGCAAUGAGACUUCAUCAUCCUGGGUCUGGUGAGAGUUAUUGGUUGCACCAAGACACUACAAUGUAUCAAGUUCAAGAGAAAUAUGAGCGUAAACAUCCACAUUCCGAGUGGAGGUAUGAACUACGAGUGCGUUAUUUACCACAAAAUUUAAAUGAUUUAUAUGAAAAAGAUAAAGUUACAUUCUAUUACUACUACGAUCAGGUGAGAAACGAUUAUCUUAAUGCGAAUCAUUCGACAUUAGAUCAAGAUGUUGCCGUCCAGCUCUGUUGCCUAGAGAUACGUUAUUUCUUCAAAGAUAUGCCGCAAGUAGCACUUGACAAGAAGAGUAACCUGGAGUACCUGGAGAGAGAGGUCGGAUUGCAUAAAUUCCUUCCACGCUCUGUGUUAAACGGUGUGAAACCAAAAACAUUGCGAAAGCUCAUUCAGCAACACUUUAAGAAGGUCGCUGCUCUCACUGAGCUCGAGUGCAUGUUCAAAUUCUUUGAUCUUCUACGUUCACACUACAGAUUUGAUCAGGAGAGAUUCAUUUGUGCAUUGGGGUCAAGCUGGUCGAUACCCGUUGAACUAGUUAUCGGUCCGGAUCUCGGGAUUUCUUAUAUGGCACAUCGAGGCGGAACAGUGCCAACGAGAAUGGCUGAGUUUUCUCAAAUCCAAUCGAUCCAGACGCUGGUAUCAGAUUGCAAAGAGCAUGCUAAGGCUUGUAUAAAACUACGUGUCGCUGGUGCAUCCGAAACGCUGAGUAUAACAUGUUCGAGUUUAGAUCAAGCGGAAAGUCUCGCGGAUUUGAUUGACGGUUAUUGUCGCGUUGCUACGGGAUCCAAUACCUCGCUGUGGAAUAGAAAAGCUGCUUCUUGGAAAAAUUAUCCUUGCCCCUGCAAAGAUGCUCAUCCGCCAAAGUACCGACAAGAAGGUAAUGGAAGUCCUGAAAAAAACGCUGGUAAAACUGGUACUAUUUUAUCUGAAGAUUACGCUGAAAUUGUUGAUGAAGAGGGCGAUUAUUCAACACCUGCUGCUCGUGACUAUGAAAUCGUGAGGAAUCAAGUGGAACUCGGUGAAAUAAUAGGUGAAGGGCAGUUCGGUAACGUUCAUAAAGGUUCAUACAAAGGUAGAGAUGGUCACACGGUCGCAGUUGCUGUUAAAACCUGCAAAGUUGAUGCCGAUCUUGCUACAGCGGAAAAGUUUUUAGAGGAAGCUUAUAUAAUGCAGCAGUUCGAGCAUCCGUAUAUUAUAAGGCUGAUCGGUGUGUGCUCUGAGGCGCCAAUUUGGCUGGUAAUGGAGUUGGCGAGGUUGGGUGAAAUGCGCGCAUACUUACAAAAUAACAAACACCGGCUCGAUCUCGCGACACUUUUACUCUACACCUUUCAAUUGAGCACAGCGCUUUCCUAUCUCGAGAGUAAAAAAUUCGUUCACCGAGAUAUCGCUGCGCGUAAUGUUCUCGUAUCCUCGCAUUCCUGCGUUAAACUUGCGGAUUUCGGACUCAGUAGGUGGGUCGAAGACCAGAGUUACUACAUCGCUAGCAAAUGUAAAUUGCCGAUUAAAUGGAUGGCACCUGAGAGUAUUAAUUUCCGACGAUUUACAACAUCAUCGGACGUAUGGAUGUUUGGCGUUUGCAUGUGGGAAAUAUUGAUGUUAGGAGUAAAACCAUUCCAAGGAGUUAAAAAUAAUGAAGUGAUUCGUAAACUCGAGAAUGGAGAACGUCUAGCACUUCCUGAUCGGUGUCCUCCGCGUUUGUAUUCACUGAUGUCACAAUGCUGGAGCUACGAGCCGAGUAAACGCCCGACAUUCAAGGACAUCAGAGAGAAUUUACAUGAAAUUUUAUUGGAAGAACGACAUCAGCAGCAGGAAACGAUGAAACGUGAAAACCGUCGAGUGCAAGCAAUGUCAUGGGGAGCAGACGAAGUGCCGCCACCGAAGCCGUCUCGUCAGCCGCAAUCCUCGGAGCAAGUGCAGCCGUCAACUGUAGCGCCAGUGUCGACGUACAUCGUAGCCCAGAGUCCAGAAGUCCUGGCCCAGCUGCUGAAGGACAACCAAGCUCGGGGGGUAUGUCCCUCUGUGUACACGACGCCUGCCUCUGCCUUCAAUACGCUUGCGGUUCAAUUUCAAGACGAUCAGCAAGUUCUCACUACCGCUACUGUCACAGACUUGCCUUUCUUCGAUCCUCCGAACCCCCUUUCCUCCGACUCAACCCUAAGUAACAUUUGUUACAAUGAAUGCCCCUCUACUACGUCUAUCACAACUACUCACAAUGACUCAUCUAAUCAUUCUGAUGCUAAUUUAGAUUCUCUAGACUCUACUGAUACAAUGUCAUCUAUGAUAUCUAAUCUAAGUAUAACAGACCCAAUACAAACACAAUCACCCGCUGUUAAUCGCAAACAAUCACUAGUACAAGUACAACCUCAACAACAACCACCACCACAACAAGUCCAAGCACAACAACAACAACAACAACAACAAGCGCAACGUAAGAUUAAAGAGAUGCAAAACUUAUACGCGGUUAGUUCAAAAGUGGUUGGUGGUAACGUCAUGUCCGGUGAUUUGUACUCGCCGGUACAAAAAUUUAAUGUUUCCGCGGCAAUACCAGUGCCCGCAGUGACCACCGUCGGUGAAAUUUACGGGCCCGUGACAAAUUUCACUCAGAGCUCCGCGAUUAUCGGUAAUUUUAGCCAAACUUCGAGUAUCAGUAGUAGUUACAGUGACAAUAAUACUGAUUUACUGAACAAUUCAGGGCCCAAUAGUUUGUCAAGUGUGUCAAGUCACCACCAAGUAUCGCCUAGUAUGAUGUCCUCGUCGAUAUCGCAGCAUGUUGCACAAAACUCAUCUGUUUUUACUGGACAAUUUGUCAAGUGUUCUUCCGCAGCUGCUGCAUUAUCGUCCCAGAAUGCUGUUGCGGUUUCUAUGGCGAUGCAAGGUGGCGGUCAGAACUCACCUGCAAUGUCCUCCUUUAUUAUUAAUAAUAAUAAAAAUAACGUUAUUGCUAGUGGUAGUAGUGUUGGUGUUGGUGUUGGUGUUGGUGGUGGUAGUGUUGGUGGAGGAACUAUUGUUAACUCGUCUUUGCCGGUCGUUUCUGGCGGUACCGAAUGUCUUUAUGGUCCUGUUUUAAAAUUUCGCGCACAAACUGCGCACAGCCAAAGCUGCGUCGAGCCCAAGUCUGCAACAUCUGCCGGCGCGGUCGCUGCUUUACCGUAUGCACAAAAUCCUUGCGCGCGUGUUUACAGUCCGACACCUGUGCAAAAUUAUCAACAGCAGCCGCAGCAGCAAUUGCAUCACCAUGUCCCAGUUCCGAGUUAUCAGCAGCAACAUCAGCAGCACCAGCCGCAGCAGUUCACUGUUAAUUAUGGGCAAACCAAUCAACUUCAAGGGGUUCAUGAUAUUUCUAGAGCACAGUAUGUUGGAAACAUGCAUCCUAAUGUUAAUCAACAGCAGCCUGGUAUUAUUAAUUCAACCCAAUAUUCAGUACACGGUCAAAUAAAUGGUGUCGCUCCUACUUACACUGUCCAUGCGACACCUGCUAUGGCCGGUGGACAACAACCGCAGCAGCAUUUGCCUCAACAAGUAUUCGAUCAGCAAAUGAUCAUCCAGAAUUCAAAUUACGGGCAGCCUAUUGUACAAAACCCAGCUAAUCAGCAGCAGUACUCAGCUAUCGUUCAUUCAUCUCACCCGCAGUUCGCAGUAUCAAUGCAACCAAUUAAUCAACCGCAGUACUCAUCAUCACCCAUAAAACAUGUGUCGUCUAUUUCCAACACUGGGACAGAUUACAAUCACCAGCAAAGUAGUGGCUGCUGUUCAGCAACCCCAGGGCAAAACUCACCACAGACAGUAAUAAAUAAUACCGGAGCAAUGUCCCGAUCAAAUGCUGGCCCUCAACUGGCAACUGGGCUCGCCAAAAUAACAACAUUCGUUAAUUCAAAUCAAGAAGAACAGCUAGUGAGCUCAGUUGAUGGCACACUGUCCAGUUCAUUUAUUUCCUCAGCUGUGAGCGACAGCGUCAUGUCAUCCAGCGGGUCAUUACUGGAAGACGCGCAGCAAGAUCAGUUUCAGAGAAACGCUCAGUCGCAAUUGUUCGAAAGUAUGACGGAUAAUGUUCACAACAGUAUUGAUGAGGAGCAAAAAUUGUUGGAGCAACGGCUGUUCGAACAGCAGAGACAGUCGGAAGAGGACAGCCGAUGGCUUGCGAGAGAGGAAAAGCGUUUGUCUAUCGCUACAAGUGGUGAUGAAAGCGCUAGCCCACCAGUCCCACGUUCAAUGACUCAAUCUCCUAGUCAUGAGACUCAUAGUGCUAAUACAAGUUCAUUUGGUUCUGAUAAAAGUAGUGAUAAAGUUAUUAUUGUUAAGAAAAUGGAACCAACUCCAACUGCCGACUUGGACAGAUCAAAUGACAAAGUUUACGACUGUACGACGAACGUCGUACGUGCGGUGAUGUCAUUGUCGCAAGGAGUUCAGCAAAGUAAAGCCGAUCAGUAUUUAGAGUUAGUGAGAAGAGUCGGAGUUGAAUUACGAGCGCUGCUUUCAUCAGUAGACGCUCUUGUUGAUGUAUUACCUGCUACAGCACACCGUCAAGUUGAAAUGGCUCACAAAGUUUUAAGCAAAGACAUGGCCGAUCUUGUCACUGCUAUGAAAUUGGCCCAGAAUUACAGUUCGACAACUUUGGAUGCUGAGUAUCGAAAGGGUAUGCUAUCAGCGGCUCAUAUAUUAGCGAUGGAUGCGAAAAAUUUACUGGACGUGAUUGACUCGAUCCGUAUACGUUAUCCGUACGUGGAUAAUCAAAUAUGUGAGCGACAGCACGAGCCUAUAAGUAAUUCGCGUCAAUCAACGCCGGAACAUCAGCAUCUGAAUAAUCAGCAUCAGAAUCGUAUAAUUCGUUCAAGUCAGUCAGGUGAACAGUUACUACUGAGACGCAGUCAAUCAACAGAAAGAUCUGACACGACAUCAUUCCGUCAGAGUCAAAGUGGUGAUGUGUUACACAGACUUGGACAAUCGGUAGACCGUUCACUGCCUGGUACACCAUCAGCAGCAGCUAAUGACAUUACCGCUAACCCGAUGUCAAGUCUUGAAAGACGGCAUCGCAUGGUGACAAAUAGUCUAGAGAGAAAUUCAACAGCCACAAGAAAACAAAUUACGACAAAUAGUUUAGAGCGUAAACGACCUUCAAUACCGACAAUGUCAACCUCCAUGUGUACUACUUCCUCCUCGACCCACAAUUCCGUAAGUUUACCACCAAUUCCUGUUCCAGUUUCUUGCAAUGUCGUUCAAACAACGGCACCUAUUAUUCAUCCGAAUCAAAUGCUCACCAUGGACAUUAGUCAAUCUCCCAAAUUUACUAACAACAGCAAUGAUUUGGCUGAGACACAGGCCAACGACAGCUAACAAUUGAAUAAUUUUAUACUGCAUGAGACACUUGAUAAUUUUGUCUAAUUAAGUCAUUCGUUUUAUCAUAGCCCGUGAUAAACAGUAUCAUUUAUUUAAUAUACAUAUAUCAUAUAUUUAGGCCUUAGGAUAUAUAAAUAUAUAUUAUUCAUUAAUUCCAUAAAUGAAUAAAUUCAAUUACUUCGUAUUUAGCGACUGUAAAUAAUUAGUAACUAUUUAAGUGAUCGAUUGCUAUCGUAUGUUUUGCGAAAUUAGGUUUUUUUUUCUAAGAGUGAGCCAUUGAUGCUUAUUAAUCUAUCAUUGUAAAAUUUUUGUCAGUGUACUUACACAUUGGACAGUAUUUAAUAGCUGUAGCGUAAAUUUAUCAAUUGAAUUUAAAUAAAAAGGUCAACAAAAUGUA